AUGAAGGCUCUCGUCCUCACGCCUGCUACCAGAGACGUCUCCGUCCGGGAACUCCCCGUUCCCGAGCCCAGCAACGGCGAGGUCCUCAUCCGCGUCCACGCCGUGGCCCUCAAUCCCGUAGACGCCAACUAUGUGGCGCACCCCCUCGCCGAACAGGAGCAGCGAGUCAUCGGAACGGACUUCGCCGGCGUCGUCACUGCUGUCGGGCCUGAUCUCGGUUCCUCGUCUGAUCUCCGUGCCAAAGUUGGUGCGCGUGUUGCUGGAUUUCACCAGGGCGCCUGUUCGACAAACGAUCGCCCUGGAGCCUUUGCAGAGUACAUCACAGCUCCGUAUGACCUUCUGUGGGCGGUCCCAGACGGCAUGACGCUCGAGGCCGCUUCCACAGUCAGCAUGUGUGGCCUGACAGCUGCGCAAGGAGUCUUUACUCGUCUUGGCUUUCCCUGCCCUUUUGAUGACCAAACUGCCCCUUCGGUAGACAGCAGCACAAGCGAUGUAAUCAAUGUGCUCAUCUAUAGCGCAUCGAGCUCUCUCGGCUUAUACGCCGCCCAGACGGUGCAACUUGCAGCCCGCUCUUUCGGCUGCAAGAUCCGCCUCAUCGGCACCGCGAGCCCGUCCAAGCACGAGUUCCUCCGACAGGAGCCGUACAGAUAUGACGUACUGAUUGAUUAUCACGAUCCCAAUUGGGUGGAAAAGGUGAAGGAAGCCACAGAGGGCAAGGGAAUUGAUCGGGCUGUGGAUUGCAUAUCCGAAGGAGAGACUGUGUACAAGGUCCACGACACCUUGAAUGAGAACGGGAAGCUGGCUGUGUUCCGAGGGCCCAAGGGCGGGCAAUAUGACCCGACACGCUUGCGCAUCAAGCCCAUCUACGGCUCCGUGUGGGAAGGCCUCGGGCAUGAAAUUGGGUACAACGGAAUUACUAUUCCCGCCAACCCCGAGGCACGUGUGUUUGCCACAAAGUUCUUCAACUUCCUGAGCACAGCCGCUACAGACGGCAAAGUGAAGCUUGAACCGAACCCCGUACGUCUUAUGCCAGGAGGGCUGGAAAGAAUCGUGCCGGAUGGGUUUGCCCUCCUGGGCAGCGGCAUGUUGUUGGAGCGAUCGACGAGCCGAAGUGAAGACUAUAUGCGACCGAUUAGCGGAGAGAAGUUGGUGUAUAGAAUUGUGGACGAAGGCAAAUGA